AUGGAGUUAGAUGAUAUUCCUGAAAUAGAAGACUUGCAGCAUUCACUUCGCACUGCAGGCCUUGAGCUUAGUCUUGAACGAAGCAAGCACUCAGUCCAAGUAGUCGCCAAGGACGAAGAGAUUCGGAAGCUGCGACUCAGCCAAUUGCUCCUACGUGAUCAGAUCGACGAUCUUCAUGAACAGUUGGAGGAAGAACAAGCGCGCUCGGAUGGGCUGGAAGUGGAAUUGGAUGAUGCUCUAAUGCAAUUGGAUCAACUCAAGGCGGAUGCCGAGUUAUCACAAAACCAGAUUCGCACACAGACCCGGGAGGUCGCAAAUCUAAAGGUACGGAGGGCAAUCACCAACUCGGCCGAACUUAAAGCUAUGGAGAAUGUCACUUCCGACUCGAACAAGAUCCUUUCCGAGAAACUCGCCUUGACCCGCGAGAUGUCAUCCUUACGGCCCGAGGUGGAGCAUCUACGAGCCCAAGUCGAGUCCAACCAAGGAUUGCUCGCCGAGAAACUAUCACUACAGCGCCAGCUGACCACCUUACAAGUUGAAGUCGAGAACGAGAAGCGUGCAUCCGCCCGCGCCAUGGCCAAGCAAGGAAAGAAGUCCCAACAGGACGAAGAACUCCAGAACGAAGUGGACGAGCUUCGAAAAGAGCUGGCCAAGGAGAAGAAGGAUCGGCUAAAGCUGGAUGCUGCUCUUACGAAGGCAGAGAAGGCCACAGAGAAGGCCCAGGCCGAACUCGAAGACCAACAGCAGGCAACGGAGCGCGCCCAGGCGAAGCUAGACAGAGCGAACAAGAAAUAUGCCAGUAAAGAUAGCGAGCGAGAUGAGCAACGCAACGCCGAACUUGAGGAACUUCGUGAACAGCUCGAACAGGAGAAGCGCGCACGCCAAAGAGCAGAGAAGGCCUCUAAGAAAGGAAGCGAUCGUGAUGCAGAGCUGGAGGAGCUUCGACAGGAAUUGGAGCAGGAGAAGCGCGAGCGCCAGAAAGCCGAAAAGACUAGCAAGAAAAGUAGCCCGCCCAAUGAUCCGCAAGCGGACGCCCUCCGGAAAGACUUGGAAGAGCAAAAGCGUGAAAACAGAAUGGCGGAGAAGGAAUAUCAGAGGACACUGGCCGAAAUACAAGGUCGCAACAACGUACUGGACGACAAGCUGAGUCAAUUCAGAGACAAGCUCCGAGCCACCAAGGAUAAACUCAAGGAGAAAGAAACCGAGCUUCUGAAAGCGCAGAGUGCGCUACCCGUGAGAGCGACGACCGAUGUGGCCUGUAAGGCAGCGAAGAAUGCUCGAAAACGCAUGGCGGCCUCAGUCGAACCGGAGGCUACGAAUCUUGGCACACCAGGAGACGGUUUCCCUGCAAAGAAGGCCAAGCGUGCCGCCUCUGUUGCGAUUGGUGACCAGUCGACCUUUUCGCUCACACCCUUCCUCAACCGUACGGCCAAUGUAGCCCCAGCCAGCCCAAUCACUGAAGAGCCGGAAGAAGAGGAGCAGGUUCCCGAGUCAGAAGCUACGCCUACCGCACCCCCCAAAAAGACCAUCAAGAAGGUUUCUCAGCGAAAGCCCAAACCACUCGCACCAUCCGCAUCCAACAAAGCAAAUGCCAAACCCCCCCCUCGCAAGAAGACCGCUAUUCCCACCCUUGAGAAAGUGACUGAAGAAGCAUCUGAACUUUCCGAGGACAAGGAAUCGUCCGAGAACGCUCUAGUCAUCAUCCCGCUCAAGGAUGCAGACGAUGGAGCAACAAAGGAGAAAACUCUCGUUCCCAAGAUCAAGCCUCGCAAAUCUCUAAUGUCCUUCGCUAACUUUAUGGAGGAGCCCGCGGCCGAAAAGAAGAAGAAGCGCAAGCUGGGAGGUAGCAGCAACUCUGGCCUGGGAAAGACGUUAUUUGACGAUGAUGAGGAUGUGAGGCCGGUUAAGCCCACGGCCGGCAAAAGCAUCUUUGCAGCCCGAGCCUUGGGGAAGAGUGUCCUUGGUAAAGGACCCUCGCGUCCCAUCAGCGGUGGGUAUAAUAUGAUGAGUGAGGAGAAUUUCACAUUCUCUCCGUUGAAGAAGGAUAGGCGCAAUGCUUCCAUCUUAAAGUAG